CCUCCUCGACCUCCCAAUCCGAUUCACACAGCCUCUCGCCAUCGCCAUGUCCGUCGCCCUGGCGGCCGCCUCCUCCUCCUCCUCCUCUCGCUACCUGCCGGGCCACGCCAACUCGCCCCACCACGGCCACCCUCUCCGCCGCGUGCGCUUCAUCUCCUCUCCGCCGCAGCCGUGCGCCUCCCCAUCGGCGCUACUUUGGCGGCGGCCGCCCCAGGCGGAAGCGCCCGCUACCUUCUGUUCCGCCCCGACGCUUGGCCGUGUCGGUUGGCCGCGUCGCGAGGGGAACGCCUGGCUACUCUCUUUCCGCGCUGAAACCGAUGCUUCCUCGUCGGCCGAGGGGGACGGGGACUCCUCGCAGGCGGUCUCCGCGCUGCUUCCGGUCGUCGUCGUCGCAACCGCCGUCGCCGCUCUCGGAAACCCUGCCACCUUCUCCUGGGUCUCCAAGGAGUUGUACGCACCUGCACUCGGAGGCAUCAUGCUGUCCAUUGGCAUCCAACUAUCCAUCGACGAUUUCGCGCUGGCCUUCAAGAGGCCGGUGCCGUUGUCAAUUGGCUACAUGGCACAGUACAUGCUCAAGCCUCUGUUGGGCAUGCUGAUCGCAAGGGUGUUCAAGAUGCCAUCAGCGUUCUUUGCCGGUUUCAUGCUUACAUGCUGUGUCUCGGGUGCGCAGCUUUCGAGCUAUGCUAGUUUCCUCGGGAAAGGAGAUGUUGCGAUGAGUAUUCUGCUGACAAGCUACUCGACCAUAUCUUCGGUGAUUGUGACGCCUGUUCUAACCGGAUUAUUGAUUGGUUCAGUGGUUCCAGUUAAUGUAAUCGCGAUGGCAAAAUCUAUUUUGCAGGUGGUUCUUGUUCCUGUGACACUAGGUCUCCUUCUGAAUACCUAUGCAAAACCAGUGGUGAAUGUCAUACAGCCAGUAAUGCCAUUUGUUGCUAUGAUAUGCACAUCACUUUGUAUUGGGAGCCCUCUUGCUAUAAAUAGGAGUAUGCUCCUCUCAUCACAAGGACUCAUGUUACUUCUUCCCAUAGUGACUUUCCACAUUGCGUCCUUUGUUGUUGGUUACUGGGUUUCCAAGUUGCCCGAGCUGAGACAAGAAGAGCCUGUUUGUAGGACUAUUUCAUUGUGUACUGGAAUGCAGAGCUCCACCCUAGCAGGACUUCUUGCUACCCAAUUUCUUGGAAUCAGUCAAGCAGUUCCUGCAGCAUGUUCCGUUGUUGUCAUGGCAAUAUUUGGUUUGACUCUUGCAUCAUACUGGGGAAGUGGCCUGCGAAUAAGAGAUGUUCCUUUGAGAUUAUUUCCUCAAGCUUCCUCUGGCGCGAGAUCUUAAGAAGUUGUCAGAUUUAGCAUUGGAAUUCCUUUAUGUGGACCCUACCCUGGAUGGGAAAAUCGUCGACCGUUUGGGGUUGCAGUUACAGUAGCGUCACGUACCUCACCCGGCACGAGGUAAGCCAUAGCUACAAAAACAGACCUGCAGUUUGCAGACUGUGCAAGAUACAAUCAGCGGUGAGUAGAACCUCGCCACAAGAGCCAUUAGCAUCGCCGCAUAUGGUGGAAGGAUAAUGAGAUGGAAGUCAUAUAUCAUGCCAUGUCCAGUAGGUUCCAUUGAUGGGGUCUCUUUAGUUUGUGUGUGUGUGUGUUUGUAGAUUCUAGAUAUAGUAGACACAUUGGUGAUUCUUAUACACCUGGUACAGAGUCA